AUGAUAAACGUUGGUUUGUUGGCAUUGAUUCUCUGUCCAACAGUGAUAGCUUGGAAUUGUGGCAUUGGACCAUUGAGUGGAGCACUCUCGUACACUUUAGCAUUCCCAGUCGAUUUACCAGGAAUUAAUCGAUGUUGUGUAGAACAUGAUACUCUCAUUGAUGCUUUGCAUGUGGCUCGACAUGAAGCUGACCGUCUAUUCUGCCAAUGUCUCUCCAAUUAUGAUUCGUGGUAUAUGAGAACCAUUAUAAAACCAAUAUUUUGCACCGCCGUUGAACUUUAUACCGAAUGGUUUUCAGCCCAGAAGAGCCGAGAAAAUAUUUUGCAGAUUGUUGAGCACAUCAAUUAA